UCAAAACACACAUGUCGAGCCCUAUAUUGCUCAUGGUCACGCCGAUGAUGCACCACCGCCGCCACCUCCUCCCAAAGAUUACAAGUGGGCAUCAGCGUCUACGCGGCGCACUUUCCUAGGAGAAGAAUACAAUGCCUGCUUCACAGCCAAUCCACAUCAUCCAGCAAACGCCGCCACGAAUCCCUGUCAAGGUGAAUUCACCUCCUACCAUGCCAUUAACGCCCGAAGAGAAAGAGCGUCGUAGAUGGGCUGCGCAACGCCAAUCCCAACUGGAAAAAGCAGCCAUGCUGAGGGAAGAACAUGAACGCCAAGAGACGAAACGGCGUGAGAAAGUAGAGCAAGAACGCCUACAGCGUGAGGAGGAAGAGGAAAGGAAAGCAAUACUGCAAGAGGAGUUGCGGUCUGCAGCGCUCAGAAAAGCGAGACUGGAGAGAGAGAGAAGAGAGGAAGAACAACAACAAUUACAAGAGCUACGAGAAAGGAGACGGCUAGAGAAAGAGCGGAGGCUGCAACACACGAAGGAAAUAGAGCGGUGGCGAGCAGAGCAGAUGCAGCGCGCCGAGUCCCAGUACAGUGAGAAGGAAGAAGAGCGUAGAAGGUCAGAAGAAGGGAGGCGCAUGAGAAUUGCUCGCAUGAACGAGGAAUUAUUCUCCACCAGCAGGACAGACAAGAUGACAGGUUGGGUCACGGUACAACCGCCCAACGCGCUGGCGUGGAAGAGGCGAUAUUAUACAUUUGAACUGGGCCAUGCAGAAUCCAAGAUGUUGCUAUACGGAAAUCCAGGGGAGGUCGUCAAACCCCUCGACAUCCUCCCUCUGUACGGACGGAUCGAUUCACUUGCAGAAUGGUACGAGGGCUUCGAGGAACUAGAAGCGAUCUCCCACUCGUUUGCUCUGCGCUUCGUCGACGGCGUCGAAUGGCGGAUGUUCGCAGAUUCAGCAGAAGAGAAGGAUCGACUGCUGGUGCUGCUGAGUGAGGCGGCGGACAUAACCUUGUGAAUUAUCUGUGAAGUUUUUAUUUGUUAACUUACAAGACAUGACAAGGGAUGAUAUAAAAUGUGUAUUCCUAGUAGCAGAGUCCAUAUGUAGUUUUUCUAGUCCUUCAGCUGGAUAUGGAGGUCAAACGAUACAUUCAAUAUGAGCGCGAGCGAGCACUGACAUACCGAUUGCCGCUAGUAAAUUGUACAAGUAAUACUUACGGCGAGUUUGCAAGUGUAUGCGGGGAU